UGAAACAGAGUGUUGAGCAGAUCAGAGAGUUUCUUUGGAAGUUUUUCUGUGGUUCCAUCCUUGUUUAAAGAGAGCAUUGCUUAAAAAAACCUGGAUGUUGAUCACCUAAGCUGCACAGACAAGGCGGCCAAAUACUUGACAGAGAGGAGGGAGGGAAAGAAAAGAAAAAGCAGAAAUGGAGAACUUCAGCUCCAGAGACUUGGCUAUGAGAGCCCAGAAGAAGAUCCUUAGCAAUAUGGCCAACAAGGCAGUAGUGCAGAUGUUCAUUGAUGACACCAGCAGUGAGAUCCUGGAUGAGCUCUACCGUGUCUCAAAGGAGUACACAGGGAACCGCACAGAGGCCCAGAAAGUGAUUAAGGACCUGGUAAAAAUCGUUGUGAAGAUUGCUGUGCUUUUUAAGAACAACCGUUUCAGUGAGCAGGAGCUCAGCUUAGCCCAGACCUUCAAGAAAAAAUUACACCAGGGUGCCAUGACAGCUAUCAGUUUCCAUGAGGUUGAGUUCACCUUUGACAAGGGGGUGAUGUCAGAGAUUCUUACCUCGUGUAGAGACAUGAUGCUCAAGCUUGUAGAAACUCAUCUCACGGCAAAAUCCCAUGGACGCAUCCACCACGUCUUCAACCAUUACUCUGACCCCGAUCUUCUUACCCAGCUUUACAAUCCAAACGGUCCUUUCAAGCCUCACCUCAGUAAAAUUUGCAAUGGACUCAACAAAUUGAUCGAAGAGGGCAAAUUAUGAGAGAGCGGUGCCAGUGGGACUCCAAACAGUAUUUCUUUAAAGAGACCAACAAAGUGCUGGACUAGAAGAAAGCAAGGCAUGAAUUAUAUACUCAGCAUACACACAGUGAUUAACUCACUGUCUCUUUGUUCAAAUUAUUUGUACAUUUUAGUCCACCAUUGUUCUCUGCUUAUUACAAGAAAACCACAUUUCACAUCACUGUUGGCAGCAGAAAAUAUCGAAAUAUCGAUCAGUUUGAAUGCUUAAUCCCCAACAAGUGAUAGUUAUUUCAGCAAACCUGUUUUGAUGUGAAAGAUUUGAAGACGACUUAUUUUUUUAUCAAUGGGCACUAUAUUCAAAUUACUUUUUCAUGAACCAUUUUUUUCAAGAUUACACUUAUCUAAAAAGCUUUGUGAACACACUUUCCUGUAAAGGAACAAUCAGUGAAAGAGUUUUGAGUUGUGAAGGAAAGAUGGUAAAGUUAUUUUUACAAUCAGAACCAUCUCUAAGUAAAAAAAAAAUAAAAAAAAUAAGGUGUUUUAUAUUAAUAAAUACCCGCACUGAAUUGUCUCCAAUUUUCUGCAACCGAAAAAGGAAUUCAAGCUCUGCAUAUUGAGCAGUAAAUGAUGAAAUUAUGAAUGAAAAGCUGCAAUGCUGUCAGAAUUUUCAAAUGGGUGGAAUAUAUAUAAAUAUAUAUUUGUAAAACUAUGCUCUGAAAAACAUGGAAUCAACUCAAAAUCCCAGUUUCACAUUAGUAAAUCUCUUCACUGCCACCUGGUGUAACACUGUAGUAAUUUAAAAACCCGGUCUGCCCUAAACAUACUAAUGCACAUACAUGCAUUGAUGAUACUAUAUUAUAUGCUUUUGCUGCCUCAAGUUCAGAUAGCUGUAUACGCUACCUGUCAAAACAGUGAAAAUAAGAUAAUUCGUAAAAGCUCAUGUUACUUGAAAGAAACCUACAUAUUUGGAUGAAGCAGCUUACAUGAUGAGCAAACUGGUUAUUUAAAAAGCCUACAGAUGCUACAGAAAAUUUUAAACCACUCAAAGAUCUUCGUCUCUGGGAAUAUAUAAUGUACAAUUCAUUCAUCAAGAAUCCUGGUUGUAAAUAAACCUUGUGCUUUUAUAA